UCCAAAAUUAGCGUGUCUGCUCUUCAUCUUCAUCUUCAUCUCAUCUCAGCUUGAGCUUUGCUCCAGUCAUCAACAUCUAUCACCAACAUGUCUGAUACUUUGAGUGAUAUAAUCCUGUGGAGGAAGAAGAGGCAGAGUUUGCUGACUCUUUUGACAGCAACAGCAACAUGGGUUUUACUCCAAGUCCACCAAUUCAACUUCCUCACUCUGAUUUCAUACCUGGCCAUGUUUAUUGUUGCUUCGUUGUUCCUUUCAGGCAACUUGCUCAGGCUUCUUGGCAAAGCGCCUCCAGACUUGUCAAGAGUGGGAACUUCGGAGAAGUCAGCUUCGGAGAUGGGCAACACCAUUCGAGCAUGGGUCGAAGAGGGAAUUCGAUGGAUGUUUUGGGUUGCUGCAGAGAGAGAAUGGUUUGUAUUUGUUGGAACUGUCUCUGGUUUGUUGCUAGUCUCCCGUGUAGCGACAUCCAUCGAUCUUCUUACCCUUUUAUAUAUAGGUAUUGUCACGGGCAUGACAGUUCCAGCAAUGUAUGUUAAGUACCAGGACAAGAUAGAGUGGGGCGAGGAGAAAUUAAAGGCACAAUUGAAAAGUUAUUACGACAUGGUUGAUGAGAAGGUAGUGAAGAAGAUACAGAACAAGGUGACAGUCCGGGAAGAGAAGGAGAAGAAGGUCGAGUAGCUGCUUAUAAUUUGCAUGCCUUGCUUGGAAAUUAAUUGCAUGUAAAAUUUCUCGAGUAGGUAUCUUGACCUUGUGUGCAAGCUUAGUUGUAAAUUGUGGAUCACUCAUUGAUCAAGCCCAUGCCUUGAUCUUGUGUAUUCUAUAUAUAGUGUACCCGUGUAGUUUCACGAAAAGUAAAUCAAACAAAUAUUAUUGCUUCCUGUUUCCUCUGUGUAAAUUGUAAUUUCCCAAUUCCCCGUUACCCGUUAUAUUCGAUUUCUUGCACUACACUCAAGUUG